AUGGGGACCGCAGCUUACAUCAUUGUUGCUCUGAGCUUCCUUGGCCAUUGGGCUGUCAGCCCCUCCGCAGCAGCUGAAGAUUCGAUGGAGGACCACGCUUCUCCCUGCCCGACAGACUGGCUCUUCUACGAGGGCAGCUGCUACGGAUACUUCUCCGACCGGAAGUGUUGGAGGGAGGCGGAGGAAGAAUGCCAGCAACAAGGAUCUCACCUGGCUUCCAUCCUGACCAAGAAGGAGUGCUGCCGCCUCCGCAGGUACCUCUCCAGGUUUCGGCCUGACGGAGACGUCUGGAUCGGGCUCCACAAUCUUGCCAAGACUCCUGGAAAUGCAUCCUGGCAAUGGAGCGACGGACUCAUCGCCGACCACACUCAAUGGAGCACCGGGCAGCCCAAUAACUAUGGCAAGGCUGGAGAGUGGUGUGUGGAGCUGUGGCGGACUAGAGGUUUCAGAAAAUGGAACGACGAACUCUGCAGCCGUAAGAACAGCUUUGUGUGCAAGUAUGAGGCUGAGAUGUCUGCCGCGGAAAACAACUGCGAGUGA